CGCGCGGGCAGUCACCCCCUGGACUCUUCCCAGUUUGUCACAGAACGCUCUGUUCUCAGUCCGUUCCAGUGUCGGUGCCAUGGAGUACGAGCGCAGGGGUGGCCGUGGGGACCGGACGGGGCGUUACGGGGGGGCCCCGCCCCCCCCCGAGGACGGAUCCCGCACCCAGAGGGACCACGACUAUCGUGACAUGGAUUAUCGGGGCUAUGGGGGACCCCCGGAGGGGCCCCCCGCCCCCGGGACCCCCCCGCAGGCGUCCUACGAGGCCGCGGAGCCCCCCCGGAAGCGGGACCUGCCCCGGGACCCCCCCGUGGCUCCCACGCUGCCCUUCGGCGCCGACAGCGACUACCGGGACCAGGAUUACCGGGAGGGCCCCGAGGAGGAGCCCCGGGCCAGCACCAUCGUCAUGCUCAGGAUGCUGCCCCAGGCGGCCACCGAGAACGACAUCCGUGCUCAGCUCCAGGCCCAGGGGGUGCAGCCUCGCGAGGUGCGGCUGAUGCGCAACAAGUCCUCAGGUCAGAGCCGCGGCUUCGCCUUCGUCGAGUUCCACCACGUGCAGGAGGCGGCGAGAUGGAUGGAGGCCAACCAGGCCGGGCUGACCCUGCUGGGGCACCGCGUGUCCCUGCACUACAGCGACCCCAAACCCAAGAUCAACGAGGACUGGCUCUGUGCCAAGUGUGGGGUGCAGAACUUCAAGCGACGUGAGAAAUGCUUCAAGUGCGGAGUCCCCAAAGCUGGUGAGUGACCCCAAACCCUUGGGAUUCACCCCAAAACCCUGUGGGCCCCCUUUCACUCCCCCGCACUGCCCCAAAAGUGGCUCUUCUCACCCCAAAACUAUUGGGGUUCUCCCCAACACCCAGGAGAUCCCCCAAAUUCUCCUAAACUUGCUCCCAGAAUUGCUCCCAAAUUUGCUCCUAAGCUACCCUGGGGGGGC